AUGGUGGCUGUUCACUAUUACUAUACUUCUCAACCAUUUGGCCAAGGCUUGCUUUCUGCAAGGUCGAGAUUCGAAGCUCUUCGCAUCACGAAAGCAAAACGUCUCUGCUCCCUCUCCUUCCUACUACGAUGCAGGGACCAAGGGACCGUCCCGCACUAUCUGCAAUUUCAUCACCAUAUCCAUUCCGAGGCCGCCAAGAGGAUCUAUCGGAAGACGAGCUUCUGCCUACUACGGGAGCGUAUACACCACACGCGGCGCGAGUUGGAUGCGAUCUCCCGGGACCUGUUGGGCAUGCACCUCCGCCUCGCUGCGGAGCUGUCCACCGCGGACUGGGCCCUCAUCGACCGCAUCACCUUCGAGAGGGCUUCACGUGCUGCAGCUGACGACAAAGUCAGGCAGUGCCACAAGUUCCAACGACUGCAUGGAGCUCAGCAUGCAGGCCCGCGGACCGACACCAAGAAAACGGUAGUUAACCUAAGCGGUAGGCCACUGGAGGAUGCUGCCUACGCAGCCCUGGGCAAGGGCCUGAACUAUUCAGUGGCCCCUACGGUGUUGCCCAUCGAGGAUUUCCUGAGCGGUGUUAAGAGAGCUGUUCGCUCCCUACCUGUGGAAGCGGCCGAGGAGGUCCGGAAAGAGACCGUUUUCGUAUCCUAA